UGUGGUUACAUUCAUAUUUGUUUUUUAGUGUUCUAGAAAAUAUCAGAAGUUAGUCCUCUCGUCAGUUUCGAUAAUUUGAGUCCUCAGUUGUCUACUUAAAAAAUCAGAUGUGAAUCCGGAUCCUUGUAUUUCAGUGAUGUUCAGUGUCGCCGUGAAUUUAGAAGCUUUAUUGUUUGUCUUAAGCACAGGAUAAAAAAAUUGUAAGAAAUUAGUCGUUCCCGGAUAGAUUUUUACUUGGCAACUUCAAUACCUGAAUAAUUUAGUCUGAUUCUUUCUGAUUCUGUUGAGAAACUGCCGAUAAGGUAGGAAGUUUCUCCACCAGUGAGUAAAAUACUUAUUCUUGUGAGUGAAGUCAUCGGUGGACAACCAUCAGCAGCGUAUGGAACCACUUCGACAAAUUCAUGAUCGGCCUCCGAAAUUGAGGUUGCAGUGAAGAUGUCCGUUGAGCCGAUCGUUGAGGACAGCAGCAGCGGCAUAAGUGAACUCGUUGAUUUCAUCGUCAAAAAGUCACCGAGAAAUGUUAUUGAGAUCGCCGUGGCGCCUCCACCAAACGACAACGCACCUGUUGGGGACCUGAUCCGGUAUAUAGACGAGAGCGGAUCUUCGUCUUGUGCAUCGUCACUUUUGGGAGAUUGUGAGAAAUUCGGCCUCGACGAAACGAGAUCUCUAAGUCAUCUUCUGGAAGACAUCGGGCCCGGCGACUUUAGUAUCGAUACAUUGGACGACAUUGCGUCUCUUUCUUGUGGGUAUGGAAGUCUCGAUACUAAAUCCGACCCCGAGUGCGACCAGAAACUUUCUGAACAUCCACGAAAAGCUAAAAGAUUUCCUAAGGUUAUUCUCUCGGCACCGGCCGUCGUCAAGCUAAAUGGCAAUAAGAGUUUGGAGAGACAUCGACAGUCACUGAAGCCUUGCGGUGAGGUGCUGAUGAGACGAUCUUUGGGAUCAGAAGACGUGAAAAUUCAUAACUUCAAUGGAAAAAAUCCUUCCAUUUCGUUACCAUGUUCCACAAAAGCCUCCCCUCGAUCUGAAAAGAGCAACGCCGUUUGCGAGGACAGGUCUUCGAAAUGCUCUUCAAUUAGAUCCUUUCACACGUCUGAAUCAAGCAUUAAAUCUUCCGACAACAUUUUGGACCAUUCAAAUACAUCAAAUGAUAAACUCUCGGUUCCAUUUUUAUCGAGCGGAGAUGUUUUUCAUUGUUCUUCCCCUGUAAUGAUGCCCCCACAGUGCUCACCGCCGCCCAUUCCUCAGGGGGAAUCCAGUUACGUAACCACGGCGUCGUCGUCGUGCUCUCUCACGUCAUCAUCCCCGUCUUCUGCGGAUGAUCGGCAAAAAUCCAACGAUUCUGCUGAGCGUAACGAAAUGCCUGGCGGGCAAACGGACUGCGAUGGUAGUAUAACGUCUGAGUUCGUUGAAUCUAAAAAUGUGAUGAACUCUAGGUCUUCUGACUCGAAUAAAAGAUUGUCCCACUUGCAAUUGAGACUUGAUGAGGAGGCCACCAUGAACACGGCUGGUACUGUCUCUGUUCCUCUCGCCAAUAUGGAUGAAUUUUCUGAAUCGAAAGAUCAAACAUCUGACACUUCUGAUCGAGAAAAGGAAGAUAGGAAAAUUGAUGGCGUACAGAGUACCGAUGCGAGUACUGAUACUGAUGCGAGCACCUCGGAAACUUCAAAUGGAUCUGGAAAAUGUAAGAGCUGUGGAGCAGACGAGGAUUGUUCUUGUGACCAAAAGACGAACCUAGUCAAGGGUUCAUCUUCAGUCGCCGAUGAAAUACACCAAAAAAAUACAGAAAAUACAUCUACCGACGAGUCUUCAGAUAUUUUACCAACCCCUCGUCGCCGUUCAGACAGUUGUUUAAGCGAAAUUAAGUACGGCCAAGUCCAGAAUCAUGUCAUGGACAGCGAUAACGAAGUCGUCACCGACUUGAUAUGCGAUGAGCCUGAGGAAGAAAUGACGGCUUCGUCAACCAUGACAGAAAACACUAACCUUGAUCGGAUAACUGUUGUUCAAGAAGUUAUGACCGAAGGAAAAGAAGUUUUAACUGACAGUUCUGAGGCCGCUGCCGAGAAAGGUUCACAUGAUGAAAAAGUAUCCGAAAGCGCUAGUAAGACUCGCGACGAAAAUGAGAGCCAAACUGCCAGCAUUGAACGACUAAAAUCAAAACGGGACUCUAAAGAGGCACGAAAAUCGGCUCUGAAAGACACGAGAAGCGAGUGCGGAACUUUACCGAAGCGCGAGGCAAAGGUUCACUUCCCUCAGGAAGUUAUAGGCUCCGACUCCAGUUCUGCACCAAGUUUCCUCACUUCCACCCCAGCCCCUACCUCGUCCCCUAAGAGGACCAGUGACCCUCUCUUCUUGGGGAGCUCUCCUGCCCUCGUCAGGUCUCGACCGGACCCGACGUGCCCUCGUCAGUCCCUCGACCCCGGAUCCGACGUGUCUCUGGUAUCGUCAUCAAACACGUCUCCGUGUUUGUCUCGGAUCGCUCCUCCGUACUUGGUCAUCCCGAACGUCUCUGGCACCCCGAACAAGCGACGUACCCCACCACCUUUCAUCACAAUUCCUUCAAGUAUACCCGGUACUCCUACCAGUCCAAGCUCACCUUUUUUCCACCAUUCCUUUACUCCCACUACUCCUUCAGACUCCUUCACGAUACCUUCAACCCCGACGUCCCCUACUGCCUCUGGGAACAUCAUCGCCCCUCAUCACUACAUAUCGUCCCUGCGUGUAGCGUCCAUGCGUGGCACGGCCGACAUGGGUGGCGCACUUGUGGCUAGAGUUGCGGCUUUCCUCCGCACGCAGUACAAGAGUCUCACCAACACCCCUCUCAAGCUGCCCUGGUGUCCCAAGUUCCACUUAUGCGUAAGCAAGUUCUCCUGCAACGUCACGCCCCUGCCGUCACCAGGGGCGCCUCUCCCCAAAGGCGGGGGCGUCUCUAUCCCCGGCCACGCCAUCCUUAGGAACCUCACGCAGAAGGGUGGAAUAGAGAGCCGACCAGGCCGCGUGCUGGUGGAGAGCCACCGCUGCAGCUACGCUAGGAGCGCCCUGCCCUUCAGCCUGGCAUACCACUGGGCAACUGCACCGCAGGACUACCACCUCCACUGCUACAGCGUUGUUAUCGUAGUGACGCUGAGAGACUUCAAAGGAGGUUCAAUAUUCCAGCACUUGUGUAAAGAAGUUCUCCCUAAGCACAUUCUCAGCAAGGAAGCUAUGACCACCUUAUGGAACUACCUCCAUAAAAUCGAUGACAAGGUUUUAUUCCUGCUGGUGGGCUGGGACGAGCUUAACGAAGGUGAGGUGGGUGACCUGCUUGACCUGACGGAGGGGCGGCUACUGCCCGGGUGUACGGUGCUCAUAACCACCCGCGUCGACUCAACCGUCGCUCCCCCAACGGCGGCGCUUAACCGGGUCUACCGCGUCACCGGCAUGUCUAUGGACAGCUGUAAGGAGCACAUCGCUCGGUACUGCUCUGUUAUGGGCAAACCUGACUUCUCGAAUAAGCUAAGUCAAGUAGUGCUGGGCGAGAGGGACAAGUACGGCAGUCUGGCAGAGUGCCACAUCAUGAGCGUGGCUCUGGCACUGCAGUUCGAGGACCUCAGCGGCCGCUUGCCCUCACGGCUCACGGACUUGUACAGCGGACUACUGAAGCACCUGACGAGGGUCAACCUGCUACGACGUGGCGAACCCAUGUGCUACCAUGUCUUGCCUGAUAAAUACAUCAAGCUCUUCCAGGAAUUCGGUAAGCUGUCACUCGAGUCCAUCAAGAACAAGACGUGCUACUUCAGCCUGCACGAGCUGAAGACUCGCUGCCAGCACGGCCAGGAGCUCGUAGACAUGGGCCUGCUUCUGAAGCUGCCUUCUGCGUCCAAGCACACGAGGAAGGAACGAUACGUGCCUCUACACAGCUGCAUGGUGGAGUUCAUGGCUGCAUAUUACCUCUCUGGACUCAUCACCUCUGAGCCGCUGCUGCAGGCUGAGCUCGACGCCCUCGCCCUCAAAGUCAACAUCACCGCCGCGGGGCCGCCGAGCGCGGGAGGCCCCAGCGGAGUGCUGGUGGUGCAGUGGCUGGUGGGGCUACUGGGCCGCAACGCCCACACCGUCAUCAACAUGUUGGCCCAGAUGGCGCCCCUACAUCCUGCCUCCCCAUCCCUUGUUCUCAGACUCCUCAGGGAGAGCGGCAGAGGGCAAAUGAACGUUAUCGAGGUAUGCAAACACGUGUCCAAUCGAGACCACGUGACGAUCCAGAGUUACUCGCCUGAUCUCGAUGAUUGGGCUCGCCUGCUCUACUCGCCCGACUGUUCCCUCGAGACUCUCGAGAUCCUCGUCGAUCUCGACGCCGACAGCCGCCAUCUCGCCGACAGACAAGACGCGUUCUUCACGUCCCUCGCGUUCAAUGAGUCGGUCCGUAACGUGAAGCUCACGUGCGUCUUGGGAGGAAACUUCGGCGAGGCAGAAGUAACUCGGUUGGUGGCUUACGUGCGAAGCGUUCUGACGAAAAAAAGAUUAGAAGGAUUCGAGUUGCAAGUGACUUCGGUUUUAGAUUUUGAUGCUUGCGACCAAAUCUCAGAAAAAAUUUCCGGUAAGGAGGAAGACAAGACCGUGGUUACUGAGCCUCUCGAAGUGACGCAUACUAUAGAAGUUAGUGGAGAAAAAGAGGUGGAGGUGGCGGAGGCGAAUGCCGAAGAAAAAACUUCAGGUGAAAUUUGUGAUAUUAGUGAUAAGGAUGUCUGUAAAAAUGAUGAAAAUUGUGAUUCUAAUGAUGGAUCUAAAGAACCAACGGCGGCUGAAGCGUCGGAACCCAAAGACGAAAAGCCUGACGAAGAACUAAAUUCAAAGGUUAUUUUGCGUGCGCGUAGCGUCGACCGCAGCAGUAGCAGCGGUAGUUCUAAGAGACGUAGCGUUUACGACGUUACGACUGACGACGUCGAGGCUGGAAUAAGCGAGCUGGAAAUGAGCGUGAGUGAACUCAUCGCUCAAGUGGGCAACGACAUCGGACAGAAGCUCAUCGAAGAAGAGUCUGAUGACGACGUGCGUGACGAGGAAACGUCUAAGAACAUUUCGUUACUAGACGAUGAGUGCGAGAACGCGCUCGUCGAUAAUUUUUCCGCUCACGCCAGUAAAAAAGUUGUGGACGAGGCAGCGCGGUCGUCAGCUCGUCGGACGAUCGAGGUGUUAAAUCCCGUCGUGGAGAUGAUCUGUGAUACUCUGCCCGACCUCUCGCCCUCCCUCAACAGGCUGGUGCUAGCUCUCGAGCUCAAUGCUGAACAGAAUGAAACCUCCUUGACAGGUGGUAAUUCCCCUUCUCCGUCCACUGAUGAAGAUCCUUUCAAAGCGAAAUUUGGCAAGAAACUUACGACAGAUGUCCAAAAGCCAUCGCGCGUCUCAGCCGCGGAUUCUGAUGUACGACCAGCAUCGUCUUCUACGGAUGAGAACGAACUUCCAAAAACUCUCGAGUCGAAGACCUUGCCUAAGCCGUCCACUCAGGCGCCACCAAAACCUGCUCAUGCGAAAUUUAAUUCUACAGAUCUUGUAUCCACGACCUUGCAACGGGAUAACCCGAGAAGUGGAUAUCGUAAAUCUACGGCUCAAAGACCACCGUCAAUAUUAUAUUCCCCCAGCCCUUCUCUCCUCGCGUUUUGGUCGUUCACGGACGCCGAGGGCAACCGAAGGUCCGUUUUUAAUUCUUUACCGCGGUCGUUUUACCAGUCGCUGCCUAGGAGGGCGCGGCUUAACGGAUACGUAGCAGGCGAUAAACGUUCCACCGAAACAUCGUCGGUGCUCAUCCAGAAAACUUCUUUCCCUCCUCCCGCGUGUUCCGCUGAGCUUCAUGACAACGGCUUUCAUGAGGUUCUGCAGGUGCUGCGUGCCCCCGACUGCCGAGUGUGUCAGGUGGACCUGAGUAAAUGUACCCUCGGGGCGGAGGACCUCGUCUGCCUCGGGGAGACCGUUCGCUACACCACGUGCCUCACUUCCUUGCACAUGGAGGGCCUCAGCAGGAUGGCUGAGAUCAUCCCUGUCCUCAUAGGACUGCAGUCCAGCAGCAGCCUACAGCUACUGGACCUGUCGUCGCCGCACCUGCUGCUGGGUGACGCUGCCCUGCAGGUUGCGCUCGCAGCUCUCGGCCGCUGUGCGCCGCUCAGGUUCCUUGUGCUCAGCGGCUGGACCUUCCAGCUCGAGAACGAACGGUCGCUGGCAGCGCUCGCGUACUUCCUGUCAGUGACGCAAGUUCAGCACCUGGAGCUCGCAGGCGUGCGUGUCUCCGUCACCGUCCCUGAGGGACCCUUGGCGCGUCUCGGUAGACAGGACGACCUCCUGGGCACUCUUACUGAUGCUGUCCCGCCCCUUGCCAACGAUACCAUCGCAUUCCUCAACAUGGACCACGUCGAGUUGAACGUGAACAGCAGCCUUGUGGUACGAGGGCCAUACCUUAUCCCUCUGCUGCGUUCUCUACCUCGUCUACUGGACCUUUCCUUGGCAGUGAUGUCGUCUUCGACGGCCAAGGGUGACUCCUUGAACACGGACCUCUCCAACACUCUCAACUCGCCCCUCUCUAAUACCCUCAACUCCCCUCUCUCGAACACUCUUCUGAGACAUCAUUCCCCUCAUGUUCCCACGGGGGCCACGCUCCCCAUGUCCCCCCACCAUGACCCACUGUCCCCACAAGGUCCCGGGAUGCAGGAUGCCAACACCAAAGCCCUUUUUGCCAUGAUAGCUUCUUCCUUCCCCUCACUCAAGAGGAUUAACAUGACCGGAUGGAGCUUCUCGCUGGAGAACUGUUCUAAGGUUUUGCAAGCGUGUGGACGAUCGUUGAAAACCAGUGGCCUACGAGAGGUGGUGGUGAAUGGUGUGGUGGUGCGUGGUGGAGGCCGUGGUGCCAGUAGCUGUGGUGAGGCUGAACAUCUUCUCCUCUCAACACUCAUCACAAACCUUCAUCACUUGGUCCACCUCUCCAUCAGUGGAAUGGCUUUAACGACCGCCCAGGCCACUGCCUUUGCCAAGGCGUUACGUGACAAGCUGAGCGCCUCGUCUCUUCUUCUGGACACAAGAAGCAUCCCGUACCCGGCGGUGGCCGCCCUCCGCCAGACGCUGGUCGAGGGCGGCAGACACGACGUGGUGUUCCAGGCAGGCCCCGGUGUCACCUACCACCUCAAGAAAAUAGAGAAGAAAGAGAAGCUGCUCGGCCGAUGGGCGUGCGUGUCCGCUGAUGAGAGAUGAUGAAAUGCCUUCGCAAUGAUUCUUUGAAUGUGAUUUUCAUCUAAGUAAACCAUGCACAUCUUUCUAUUUGAUGUUUGAGUAUGAAAAAUAUAUCUGGUGUAACUUUUUUGCAUGAUGGAAAUAUUUUGUUAUUGAAAUAGCGAUUUGAGGUGGUUUCAAUUGAUGGAAAUCAACGAACUAUUUUCGUUUGAAUGCUUUUUUAUGUUUCUUAUGGAAAUAUUGUGUAGGAGUUUUGAUUUGAAGGCAAUCUCAUAGGUUAGUCUAAGACGACUGUCAAAUACUAGUGAUUGAGGGGAAAUUCGUUGGUCAGUCAACUGUGUUACGCACACCAUCGUGCAAUGAAAUGGCAUAUACAUUACAUGCUGAACUCUCUUUUUAAAGAGCUUGUAUUCUCCCUAUAGUUUCCAUUCGCUUGCCAACAAAAGCAAAAGAUUAUCGUGAAUGGUGUGUACAAUAAACUUUCCCUUCGAUGUCCUGACAUAUUCCAGUGUACAAAUAAAUGUUAGAGAUCUAUUACUGGCCUUCCAAUAUUUACUGUUCAAUGUCCUGAUUUAAAGAAACAGUUUCCCUGUAAUCUAUUAUCAAAUUAACAUUAUAUUUGGUUCACAACAUUUCUAACUUGGAUUCAGAGAGCUACUCAGCUAUUGGAUUCAUCAGUUUGAGGCUUUGUUGUUUGUUGUUUUUAUAUAUUCGUGUAUAUCAAGUGUCAUUCCAUAUAGUCAGGUUCACAUACCAUGUAUAAUUCUUAUGUUAUGAAUCUUGUGUACCAUGCAGAAUUUCCCGUUUGUGUUAUGUUUUGAAAACCUUUGUCAUAUCAAUUAGCGAUACGAAUUUAUUUCUAAAAUCUCUGCCAUUUAUUAAAUAUUUAAUCUGUGACAAGUCGUUUUCAAUCAAUGUUACUUCUGGUAUAGAGGUUCUAUGCCUUAUUCAGUUGAAGUAGAAAUGCAUAUUUUUCGCCUUUUAUCGGCAAUCUAAAUAAUAACGUACGCAUUCCUUCGCGAAUAAAGGACAAUAAUUGCCUUGUGUAAAUUUUAAAAGUUUUGGCUGAGUUAUAUAGUUUGUUUAUUUUAAAAACCGAAACUGCGUUGUUUCGUUCUAAUUACCUGCUAUUUGACGGAUGAAAUCGGACCCGUCUCUUCUUUCGUUUCCUUUCGGUUGCAAUCGUAUUUUGGAAGCAUCGUUAUCGUAUUUUUUAAAAUCAAUAAUUUUUCGUAUGACCUCAACCCAAAUCGCUAAGUGCGACGUUCUCAACUGUCUGUACUUCAGAGAGAAUUUACUUUUUCAAUAACACUUGCAUACAAAUUUUGUGCCAUCAGUUCCGCUGAGUUUGCUUGCGGUUUAAAGGUAGCAGACGCAGUCUUUCAGUUUAAUGAUUUUAUAGUUCCCAGCAUUACCUAUUUUUUGUAAGAGUUCUCUAUGAUAAUGAAUAUUUUAUACACUACUUAAUCUUGAGACCAGAAUAGAGUCAAUAGACGGAUUGUGUAGUUGCAAGCAUAACUAAUUUGUUUUAAAAGCUCCUUCUGAUUAUGCCUAUUAUACUACGUGUUUUAAAGGGAUGGAGCAAACAGAUCUCCUCUUUAGUUCUUACUUAAUGUUGAUGCAUUUUUCGAACGGGUUUGAAUUAAAAUAAGACCGAAAUUAUUGUCAGUUACCAGUUACUAUACUAAUUUUGUGUUUAAUUUCAAUACGGAAAUCCAAUCAACAAUAGAAAAAUUAUGAAAUUUUGAAUUAAUUAAAAAAAAAUUGAAUACACUUUGUUAACUAGGUUGGGUCAACUGUAUAGAACUUUAUAAACUUGUUGCUAAAGUGGUCUACUGCUUUGGGCAAAUCUACACUGGCAAAUAUCUCUACUUCUUUGAAAUUUGCAAACCAUUUUCGAUCAUUGUUGCAACAUUUUGUUGUAAAUUUGAUUGACGUUUUGUUUUUGCUCUAGUUCCUUAAUUUCAAAUCGUGAACGCCAUUUUGUUCGUAACACGAAAAUAGAGCUGUAAAUAAAAAUUUGUUUAUUAUUGUCAAAGGAUUUGUUUUAAUUUGACCUCAUGUGAUAUAAUAAUGUGAGUGUGUAUUGAGGAUUAGGCCAUAUUGGAAUUUCGUCUAUUCAAGACAUUGUAUAAUGUUCACAGUUUACCUCUGUCUCGAACCCGCAGCUCACUGCUCUCAUCUCGCUGUUUUUAACCAUCCAGAUUUUUAUUUUAUUAUUAUUUUUUUUUCUGGGAUCUUUGCUCAAAACAAGUUUUGUGAUAGUGUUCUUGCAUUGAUACGUUAGUGUUGUCUUGUUUAUCAAUAGGGUUACUUCUUUAGUUCCAUUGUGGAACUCAUUGUGAUUUUUUUGUGUUUAACUAAGCGUGUUCAUUUGAUUGGUUUUAUUGUACUGUUUUUCUUUUUGACUUCCUGAAACAUCUUGGGUUGAAAAAAAUUACCAUUAAAGUUUAAUUUUGGGCUGUGCAGAGUUAGUAAAACGACUAGAGUCGUCUGAAAUAUAAUUUACAUCAUCGACUAAUUGAAUGUAUCUUUCUCAAAAAUAAUACUGGGGUUCAACUUUAAUGUUAAAUAAAAGAGAUUAUGCAAACCGUUCUCAGUGUAAGACUGAAGUGUUCUAUUUUUUCUAUCAAUUAUUGUAUUAUAAAUGAGAAUAUUU